UGAAUGUGCUACCGUAAAGACGGAAGUGUUAAAAUGUAAAUACUGCCGGACAGGUUGUUGAGUAGUUUUUAAGUUUGCAAUUAGUAUCAGGUAAAAACCUACGAGGAUACACGGUUUUAAUUUUAUCAGCAAGACUUGUUCGCCGUUUAUACAGUUACUGGCUUUAGACCGUAAGGAUUAAAUGUCAUGUAGCACUAUUCUGUAUGCGGUGUUGUCAUUUUUACUACAGAAGAGACAUGCCAGCGGUUUUUAUCUCUUUGUUGUAAAAAUAGAACGUGUUUUCUUUGUGGAGCACUGGCUAUAAAGCUUGGCUUGCACUGAUCCAGUAACAUGCAAAGUGUGCAGUUGCGGUAUCCACUUAAUAUUUAACUGCUGGUGCUGGAGUAUCUUCUGGGUAGCAUGGACUGCACUGGACCACGGGGAUUACAUGUGCUCUUGCCCACAGAGAAGUACAGUUUUGAUAAUGUUGGAGAGCUGCGGCGGGCUUGGUUAUCCAAAGAAAGUGGAAUACUGGCGGCCCUUACGGCCACCGAUGGAGGACUGUGUUUGUCAGAUCUGUCUGUUGGACGCGAAAAGAAGCUUCGCAUCCAAGCGGUAGACACCAGCAUUUUCACAGACUUUAUUUGCGAGAAGACUGGGAGUACAGUAUCUUCUGAGAACCACAGACUUGUAGCCCUAACAAGCAGCAAUGAACUGUAUUUGUAUCAACUGCAGUUCCAUGAUGGAGAUUUCAGUGUAAAUACUUCCUUUCAUUGCAAGGAGCACACCCUGCUGGAACUUGUACGAGAUGAAAAUCUUUGUCUUUCUCCUCCCUUGUCACUCAAGUUAUUGUCGUUUGAAAACAACAGAUUACUUUUGCUACUGAAUAAUUUUAUUCUUCUUCGGCUAACUUUUUUUGAGAAAGAUGCUGGUAUCACGGCUCAGGAUUGCAUUAGUCUUGGACUGCCUCCACAGACACUAGAGAAGAUAACCAGUGGACAGAUAACCAAGGAAAUACUAUUCCUGUUUGAUGUCAGGGGCUUCAUCUAUAUAUUCGAUGCCAUUGAUGGCAAGCAAGUGGCAUUUGUUGAUCCUGCUUUUUACCGACUAAGGGAAAUUGAGCCAGAUGGAGGAGUAUGUGGCUUAUCUUCUUUCUCUGUCCUGAUUGUCUCCAGUGGUUUGGAUGCAGUUGUGCUUGUGAAUCAUGUCAAUUUUGCCAUUUGUAUCAACUUAAAUGAGUAUUUCAGAAGGAAUCCAGAUCAUCUGUUAUGUAACAAAUUUUCAGAAAAGCUUCCUUUGACAAGAUUAAAGGAUAUUGAUGAAGAUGACCCAGUCUCAACUAGUCAUCUGACAGGUUUAUCGUUUCAGACAAACAGGUCUUGGGAUUCUCACUUGACAUCACUGUACUGGAAAACCAAAGCCUGUACUACUACAGUCUUUAUUCCAGAAAUUUCAUCACCCUGGUAUAUGCAUCUUCCUCGUGUAGAAUUGAAUGAAGGCUGGUUGUCAAGUAGAUGUCGGGGGGCAUCUGCUAUUUCACAGGAGUCCACAUGUGACUUCAGUAGGUACAUAAAGAAGAGGAAUCGUCAUAGUGGAGAGGCAGUACCUCAGAGUGUAGAGAAACACGUGCAGCUGCAAGGAAUGAAAGAUUCCAUGAAAACUGAAAAAGUAUCCUUGUCUGGUUAUACAGUACUCUUCACCUUAACAUCAGCUGAUAAUGAGGCUGGAACUAUUGCACUGUGGGAUCUGAAGACACAACAUGUGACAUAUCAUCAUAUUGAUAAGCCCUGUGUUCCCGUUGACACUGAUGGAGAGGAUGUCUCGAGUCUUCUUAUCACAGAUGAUGGUCUCUCCAUGUUGCUUUUUGGUAUUACUCAAGAAGAACUGUUGAACAGACUAAUGAUCCAUGGAAGUGCAGGCACUGUUGAUGCUCUUUGCCAUCAAAACCACUGGGACAGAUGUUCAAUUCCUAUUCAUGCCUUGCAGGCUGGACUUAAGAAUCGCCAGCUGGACACAGUGGAUUUCUUUUUAAAGAGCAAAGAGAAUCUCUUCAAUUUAUCAACAGGGCACAUUUCCGAGCAGACACCAGAGAGUAGCAUAAGCAGUCUACAACUUCAGAGUGUGGUAGAGCUAAGGCCAGCUUUAGAUUUGUUAUGCUCAGCAGUUAAAGAAAAGCAUUUAGAAGCCCAAAGCAAGCAGUUUGCAGAGCAGCUCCUCACUCUUUUGUUAGCUUUUCUGCAUAAGCAAAUCCAAGAGAUUCUCACUCACAACCAAGAUCUAGAUGAAAAUAUGCAGAACUGUGUAAACAUCUUAACAUGCUAUAUCAGUGAGCUUCGAACUUUCAUGAAAAAGUUUCCUCAAAAACAGACUGGUGCAGAUUUGCGUGAUGGGCCUGAGAACGUUUUGCAUAAAACUGAGACAAAUCAUCUGUGGAAUAAGCUUAGUCCUGAACAAGUUGUUUCAGAUGCUGUUCUCAGUAACAGCAUUCCAUCAGCUCAGACAUUCUUCAGGAUAUGUGGCAACCCUCAUCAGAAUCUCAGUGAACUGACCCACACUGGUUUGAAGAAAGUCUUUGAAUGCUUAAUAAACAAGGAUCUCACUACAGCAUCCAGACUUUUGAAGAACAUGGGAUUUAAUGUACAGGAGCAGUUGCAUCGCAUAUGUUUCUAUACAGCAAAUGGAGAACUUAGAGAUUUUUUGGUUGAAAAUCUGCAAAAUCAGGGUUGUUUAUCUGAUGAAGAAAAAGCAAUGGUAACAUUUGUUCAUCAAGUAGAACAGCUGUACUCUGUACCAUUUCAUGGCAAAGAAGAAAGUCCUUCAUACAUUGGGUUUUUAAGGAUGGCACGCAUUAAUCCCAAACACAAAAAUGUGCUAACAAACCUUUUGAAACCUUGCCAUGGCACUGUUCCUCUUGAUUUUCGCAGAAUUGUUUUAGACUGGGUUCGAUGGUGGGACAAGUGUACACAGGAGAGAAUCCUUCUUGACAGACAGCCAAAGGAAGCACUAAAGUUCUGUAGUCCCAGUAGCUUGUGGAGACUUCUAAGUUCCAAUCAUGAGUGGGAAAAAAUGUUGGCUUGGAUCAAGGAAACAACUGAAGUACAGGACAGAACAUUGAGAGAGACCCAGUGGCCACUUUUGACCUCAGAAAUUGUCAGUCAGGACACACUUUGCAACACCUACACCAGAAAUGAAAUACUUGACUUGUUAGCAAGAAAAGGAAUUUUUAUCCCGUCUGAACUGGAACACUUUGACAAACUGCUGCUGCGACUAAGCCACACAGAGGGAAUAAUGCAAAACCCCCAUACAGUUCCCAAAUACCAAACAAAGGAAGCCCAAGACUUCCAUGAGCAGGUUAUCCGCUAUUGUCUGGAGCACAGCCUGCAGCAACUACUGUACUGUUACCUUGACUUUUACAAAUUAACACCAUCCAACUGCCCUUCUUUGAACAGCCAGUCUUUGCAAGAAGGUAAUCCCUGGUUUGAAUUCCUAGUAAGGAUACGUGAAGUCAGUAACAGUCCUACAGAUUCGCACAUGGUAUUUCAGGCCAGCCUUGCAAAUGCCCAGAUCAUGAUUCCUAGCAAUCAGGCUAGCAUCAGUAGCAUGCUUGUGGAGGGACGUACACUGCUUGCACUGGCAACUAUGAUGUAUGCUCCAGGUGGUAUAGAUCAGGUUGUAUGUCAGAAUGAAGAGGUUUGUGGCCCUUUGUGGAAUGUGGACCCACAACUGUUAAAAAUGGCUUUGGCACCAUACCCAAAACUGAAAGCAGCUUUAUUUCCUCAGUGUGCUGUACAUGGAAUUCCUUCACUUGAUAUCAGUCUGUACCAUCUUAUUAAGUCACUGCAUCCAUUUGAUCCUUCCAGGCUGUUUGGAUGGCAGUCAGCCAAUACCCUAGCUGUAGGAGAUACCUCAAAUGAAUUACCGCAUUUCUCUAGACCUGAUCUUAUAAACAGAUACGCCAUUACUGAACGACUUGACUUCCUCUACUAUUUGCGCCAUGGUCGUCCAUCAUUUGCUUUUGGGACUUUCUUGGUCCAGCAUCUCGCAAAAAGCAAAUCUUCAAAGCAACAGAUUCAAUGUGCAGCAGAAGAAGCUUACAGCCUAGGCCUUGUACAUUUCUGUACUCCAUCAGUAGCUGCUUCAUGUGUUUGUUUUUUGGAACUGCUUGGUGUGGAAAGCUUCAAACUUCGGGUGGACUUAAAAGUUGCAAAUAUAAUCCUGGAUCAUUUAUCCAAACUCAAUAUAGAGUCUACAUUUGGAUUGAAACAAACCUUAGCCGAGAAAGUAGCCAAACUGUCAGAGUGUGAGAAGACAGCAGCUGCAGAACUGCUAGUGCUUCUAGAGGAAGCUGUUUCGGAUAACAUCAAUAAACAGGGUCUGAGCAGGACAUCCUACAAGUCUGGCCAGGAGUGGUCAUUAGUGAUCCAAUUCUGUAAGCUUCAUGGCUUAAAACUGAGCACAACAUUUCUUCAUGAAUGUGCUGAAGCAAAUGACUGGCUGCAGUUUAUACUCUUCAUUCAGCUUAGUAACUAUCAAGCAGAUGAGGUAAAUGCGCUUUUGGAGGAGUUUAACCCCCCACUAAAAGAUCAUCUGCUGCUGGCUUUUAACAAUUUACAGAUUAUUUCAUGUCGAGAAAUGGAUGGUUAUCAAAGUAACACUGAGUCUAUAAAGAUAGAAAAGAUGCACAUCACCAAAAAUCCAACUGAUCUCUUUCAGAUUCUUCUUUGCUGCCAGGAUAAAUCACCACCAUGGCACUACCUAACAAGUGAGGCAGUACGCCAGCAAGCUCCUAUUCUGACUAUUCUUGCUGCUUGUCUUAGGGAUGCCAACAUCCUUCAUUGUUUGUGUGUUUGGAUUAUUACACAUCUGGAUACCAUCACAGUGGAAGAAGCCACAAACCAUAUUAAAGACUCACUGGAACACCAUGAGUUUGACCUGCAUGACUUCACAAUGAUCUGGAAGCUUCUUCUAAAAAAACAAAACAGCAAAGUUCUUAUCAGAAGUUUCCAGCUAUUUCAAAAGGAUUCCCCAUUAUUACACCUGCUGCAUAUGUAUGAAAUGUGCCAGGAGAACAAAAAUUACAGUGAAGCAAAAAACAGACUACAGGAGUUUCACAUGUGCCUCACCAGUCUGAAAACCGCACCAAAGCCGUCUUGUGAGAUACCCGUGGCUUGGCUGCAGUCACAGGCGACUGCCCUCCUCCUCCUAAUGCUGCAGCAGUGCCAAACACAGUAUGAACUGAGAAAGCUUCUCCAGUUAUUUGCAGACAUAGACAACAUUCUUAUCUCCAGUGGCCCAAACUUCAAGAAGCUGAGCGCACUUAGUCAGAUUCUGCAAGACACAGCCGUACCCAUCAAUCCUGAUAUCUUGUGUAAUUACUCCUUGGAAAACCUGCAAAAGGAGUGCAAUGAAAUCCUAAAACAGUUGCUGGAGAAGCACCUUUUCAUUCUGGCCAGGCAAGUUGCCAAACUAGCUGAACUUCCAGUGGACAGUUUGGUGAUCCAUGAGUUACUGCAGGAGCUUUCUGUUUUGAAAAACCGAGGACAAUGGUGUCGGAAGGAAGCUCGAGAACACUUCUGGAGAAAGUGCCACGAAGCAUUCAUAUGCAAUUCUGUAACUCACGGUUCAGCGUAUGAAUUUUUUUUAAAUCAAGCUAGCACUAUUGCUCUGAAAGAACCAGUGGUAGAGUCUUCCGAUGAGGAGGAGAUUGAUAAUAUUCAGGAAAAGUAUUUUUUGCUUACUAUUGCUGGCCACUGGGUAGCACAGAAAGAUGCAGUUCCAAUUGACCAGUUAGAAGCUGUGGAGAAAGAAAUAUGGCUGUGUCGUAUUGCUCAGCAUAUUGCAUUAAACAAUUGUUUAUACAGAUACUCUAGACAAUUUUCUGCAGAUGGUACUUCAUUUGAAGAUGCAGCCACAGAAUUUGCCUUCAACAAGCUUUGUGCUCUAAACACUUCAAAAUACCUGAAACUUGAAGGUCUUCCAAAUAAAGAGACAGCUGAUUGCAGACUUAACAGAGUACAAACGGAGGCCCUUAAUCUCUUGGUUGGACAUUUGCUGGAUGAAGGCUGCAUUCAUGAAUCCAGUCGAGUUUGUAGAUACUUUAAUUUCUACAGCAGGGAUGUUGCUUUGGUUCUGCAUUGUAGAGCUCUAGCAUCAGGGGAUGCUGAUGCAACACAAUUUCAUCCUGAUAUUCAGAUUAUUAUCGCAGGAAGACUUUCAUUAAAUGAAGGCACAGAAAAAGAGGAAGAAACGUCUUCCGACAGUACGCAAUCAUCAUUUGUGGUGGCUCAGAAUCCAGGAGACAAAGUUGUUAAACAUCUGCAGAUUCUUACUGAGGAGUGCAUCCAUGGAACCAGCUACUGCAGACAGGUCCUCAGUUUAUACGAGCUCUCGCAGAAGCUGGGGUGCACCUUCAGUGACAUAUCAGCACAGGACCCUGAAAUGGUCCUACGGGAAGUCCUGUCAUCUUCACAGCCAGAAAAAUAUAAAAAAGCCCAAGCAUUCAUUACAACCCAGAAUCUUGAUUCACAGACUGUGGCAGACUUAAUUGCAGGAGAAGUUGUACAAGCAUUGCUUUCUUCUAGUGGAGUAAAAGGUACUAACCAGAAACAGAUUUAUAGUUCUGCUGAUGGCAAAGAAGAGUUUCGCAAGCUGGCCAAGCUGUGCCAGGAUCCUAGUGUGGUUGGCGCAAAAUUAUUAGAUCGCAUCUGUUCUGUGCCAAGUGGAGAACUUGCAUGCACUGUAGAACUUCUCAUCCUUGCUCAUGACUGCUUUACCGCCACAUGUCACAUGGAAGGAAUUGCUAGGGUACUGGAUGCUGCCCGCCACCUAAGCCACGAUCAUUUAACUCCUAAUGAAGAGUACAGUCUCAUGGUGCGACUACUGACUGGCAUUGGAAGAUAUAAUGAUAUGACUUAUAUCUUUGACCUACUUCACCAAAACCAUCGCUUUGAAAUGUUGCUGAGAAAAAAUGUGGAAUCGAAUGGCCACUUAAAGAUGGCUUUGCUCGAUUACAUUAAAAGAUGUCACCCAGGAGACAGUGAAAAGCACAAUAUGGUGGCCUUAUGCUUCAGCAUGCGCCGUGAGAUUGGAGAAAACCAUGAAGUUGCUGCACGUACACAGCUUAAGCUUAUUGAAUCUCAGACUUGUGAUGAACCCAUCAAUGAGGUGCCUGGGAUACAAAAUUCGCUGACCAAAGUCCUAACACUUCUUAAAGAUGCAGCUGAAAGUUACUCAAAGGAUUCCUGUGUGAGACAAGCCUUGCGAUGUGUUAAACUGGCAAAAUUAAUAACCUUGCAGCUGUAUUUCCUAAACAAUAACCAAAAUAUACGCUUGAUCAAUCUGCAGAGGCAUGACCUUGUGAAUCGAAUUAUCUCAUUACCAAGGUUUUACCAGGUUUCUGUUGUCGCUGAUGCAUAUGACUACAUCCCAGACUGGGCUGAAGUUUUGUACCAGCAGGUGGUCAUUCGUGGUGACUUUGCUUAUCUGGAUGAAUUUAAACAACAAAGGUUACUGACACCUUCUUUGUUUGAAGAAAUAUCUAAAAAAUUUAAGCAGAGUAACACUGAUGCCACUUCAAGCCAGAAUCUGAAGAAGUUACUCAAAUAUUGUGAAGAUGUCUACAUCUACUAUAAACUUGCUUAUGAACAUAACUUUUUUGACAUAGCAAAUAAACUUCUACAGGAUACGCGGACAAGUUGUUAUCUUAAUGACAUGCAUUCAAGCUAGAUUUCUCUUUGGAGAACUGCAUGGCACCAGCAGAUUUUCUUGCUGAUAUUUAAAUAUAUAAUUUUCUAUUAAUAUUGCAGUUAAAGACUAAUCUGGUAGCUUCUUAAUUACACAAGAGGCUUUACUGCUUUGUAUUCUUUAUAAUUUUCAGUUUUAUUGAUCAUAUGUUUUUUAGAAAUCUGAAAAAAAUUGUGCACUUUAUCUUGAUAAAAAGUCUAGAAAUUUAUACAUGAUGCAGUAGGUUUUGCUUUACUUUUUAUAUAUUUUUAGUAACAAAUUAUUUGCAGAUAUAAAUUACCACUUGAAAACUGAUGUUUGCCAUAAGCUUAUGCUUUGGAUAUCCUGUGUGUCGCUGUAGCAGAUUUUACUUUAAAAUGACGCUUAAUGGCAUGUAACUUGUAAAAGUGACAUACGUUAGGCAGUAAUGCCUGUAACAGACUUCAGGAGGAGUACUGAUCCAUAUGCAACCACUCACAGCUGUAGGAAGAGAAUUUGCCCUCCCCACCCACCUUUCUCUAAGUGAUUGUUGAGUUCCAGGGUACCUUAAGUAAUGGGGUUAUUCCCCACAACUAUCCAUUUAUUGGCACAGAUCACCACUCUUAUAUUUUCUUUCUUUGGCUUAAGUAGAGCAUUUUGGCCAGCAAGUUGGUUCUCAGGUGGGGUGCUUUCCUGUGCAAAGUCUGUAUGUUCUCACCGUUUCCUUUUGAAUUGUUGUUUUUUAAACUUUCCCAGAGGUGUACAUGUUCUGUGUAUGUGUUUGCAUCCUGCAAUGGGCUGUCAUCCCUGUCAGGAUUAGUUAUACAUAGUGAGUAUUGGAUAGGCUGCAUCUCCUGCAUGAACCUGAAUUGGAUUAAACAAGCAAUCAGAUGAUGCUUGAAUGAUCUUGUGUGACUUUAGGACAGAUGGAACUUGAGGGAUCUGUAUUGCAUAUGAUGUUUAGCAAAGAUGAAAGCGUAUGCUUUCAGAAUGUGUUGCUGGUUCCGUUUACUUAUGCAGUCAGAAUACUAGCAUAUUUCUGCAACUCUGAUACAUUAAGUAGAAAGAUCUAAUAACAUAAAGGGUUAUAUGCAUUUCAUUGUGUAUUUCAAGGCUUUUCUGUGCUUGUUCUCACUUAUUCUAAUUGUGUAUUUAAAUCAUUUUCAGUCCUUAACUUGUGUGGGCAUGUGUGCCUUAAAGGCUGGAUUGGUUUCUGACACAGUUGCCUUACCUUUGGAUUUAGUAUACAUUUGCAAGACUUCCACUUAACUAGUAUGUAGCCUGCAAACACCAAACAUCCUCAUUAGUGACUCGGCCUUUCUGUAUCUGAUGGCUUAUGGAAAGUUGUUCAGCAGAAGUGUGUCUGGGAACUUUCUGGUGAUGCACUAGCUAUUUGAUGUCAUUGCCAGUGCCAGACCUUGGUCCAUAAUGUUCUCUGCAGUGCCCUUCCCAUGAACCAUCAGCGGUCCACUCAUGGCUAAGUUGCCUUUUCUUUCCAAAAAGUUCUUAUCAUUUACAGUGCAUAUGUAUUUAUUGGUUCAUUACGACCAAGUACACUAUCUCUGUAUUAUGAACUAAAUUCAUGACUAUCAUAUAUGCAGAGGGUGAAAUGUGUGUGUUCUGGCUUUUGAAUUCCCUUAUCAUAAGGUAUGCCUGAAUGUAUGCAUUAUACACAUUAUGACCUUGCAUGUACCAUAGGUGUGUAUUGAUCUUACGUCUUUGCAUGCACCAUUGGUGUGCAUUGACCUGCUCUCUAUCCUUUAGUUGAGUGUCUCCUCACUUAUUCCCUCUGAAGUUUGAGACAACUUCAACCACUUCCUUCCAUAUUUCUGAUCAGGUCAUCGGUCUUCUCCUGAAACCCUGUUCACCUGCAGUAUAGUCAGUGUUAAGUUCUCUGUUUUGUCAGACUUGGAUUAGUUAGGUAGUACUUAUUUAAUAUAAUAGUGAAGGGGUACUGACACAAGUACAUCCCUCUUCAUCCAUGAGCAAGGGCACUGUAGUCUUCUCUCUUGUACACUUUAGACUGUGCUGCCACAAUUACAGUUUAACAACUGCAGGUGACUGUCCUUGUCAUGAAACAACCUUGUGGUUAUUCUACAGAUAGUUGUUUCCUCUUCCUCCUCCUAGUGAGUGUGCUUCCUUAGAUUACAAUUCUUUUCUUGUAUUGGAUAGAGGAGAUUGCACAGAUUUUGGCACUACCUUACCUGUGUAACUAUUGGAGGCCCAUUAUUUGGAAAUGCAUUAAGACAAAGGAGUCUCAGAAUAGUUAAUAAAGGUGACUGACCUCCCCAGUCUUUGCUUGGUCACACAUUUGCACCCAGUCUAUCUAUCAUGACAUAUAUUGAUUCUUUCCUUAGAAAGUCUUUUCUGGCCUGUUGCUAACCAGUGUCUGCUGCUUUGUUAUCUAGAAAAACAAGUCUAAGAACACUAUGUGGAGUCUAGUGCCAUCUCUAGAUGACUUUGUGGUUACUUGACCAUUCUACAGAAGUCUUACAUACACUAGCAGCUAAACAUUCUUCCCUUGGACAGGGAUUUAUAUUCCCUGAGCUACUGUCCUCAUCUGUGUCAGUAUUUUGCAUUUGAACUACAUAAUGCAUUUGCUUCAUUAUUAGACACCAUUGGGACUAGAAGUUAAGGAAUUAGUACUGUUCCCUAAAUCUUUGGUUGGCUCAUAUGUUAGCAAGAGUACCUGCAGAACGGUCAUUAUACUUUGCCAAGAUACCAUGAUCAGCAGCUGUAUUGACAGGAUCCUACUUUACAACUUUACUAGAUAAGCCAAACUAUGACUAGAUGUUUACUAGUGAAGUGUAAAAUAUUUUAAUCAGAUUAUGAGUGCAGAGGGAGCUUCUAGUCAUUGUCCAAAAAACAUUUGCUUCACUUCACAGGAAUGGAUACUCACAUAAAUGGAUACUCACAUAAGGUUAUAAGCAGUGUCUGAACUUACCAACUUCAGUAAAGAAGACAUAGAGCUUUAACCUUACCUGUGUGGGUCCAAGCCAGUGACUUCAUGAUUCUUGCUACAGCUUUGACCAGUGACUUUUAUCACCACUCAAACAAAUAGGUUAAAUAAUAUUUUCUCUUUUUAAAGCUUAAAUUGAACUUCAGUCAGAUAUGAAAUGUAUUUUUAAAUGUGUCUCGGCAUUGUGGGAAGAAACCCCGCCAAUGACCCAGGAGACCAGGGCUCCAUUAGCAACCCUGGCACUUGAAACUAAUGAGGGGAGGAAGAGGAAUGAAGGAGCAUUACCCGUUCACCUCUCUCUCGAGUGAGGAGAUGGGGACUGAGUGUUGGGGAGAAGUGUAGCUACUGUAUUAAUGGUAGUACCCAUAGAAUACAAGCAAAGUACAUACCAAGCCAAAGGGGGGGGGUGCUACUAAGGAGGUGAUGGAGCAUGGCCUCAUAAUGUCACACUGCAUGCUUCUCAAGAGUAGAUCCACAAAUAUAUUGCCAUCAUGGAGUUGAGACAUUUGCCUCAUUGGCUGUACUUAAUGAGAGCAUGAAACUUGCAUGGAGGAGUUAGGACACAAAAGCUGUUGGUCCACAAUAUGACACACUCUACGUGGUCAGCCCAACCCUCACCCCCCCUUGUGGCCAAAGGGGAAUGAUUAGGCCAUCUGGGUGCCCAGGAAGGUGAGCUGAUGGUCAAUGGGAGGCGGUUGAAAAAACAAAACGUCUCUCAGUAUGAAGCAUCUUAAUUCUGCACUUCUUAACCUACUAUGUCUAAUAUUUUCUUAAAAAAGUAUCCUCCCUGCUCAAGCCUUUAAGCCCCUUCUCACCGUUUUGACCCAUUUUCCCCCAGUGGCUAGCUAAAGGCACAUUGCCAGAUGGGGCAGUAGUUGGCCAAAGUAAACCAUCAUACUGGAAGGGUCAUUUUUUUAAUGCUCUACCCAUUGCUCUAUCCCAGAAUGCAGUUUGAAUUGUUGGUGUGAUUCACAUAUAAUAGUGUCACUUGUAACCAGAACGUACAGAUGCCUUUUUGAAUGACAAACUGUUGGACAAGUGUUUUGUUGGGUCCUAGAGUUUAGUAGAUUCACUGUUGUUUGGAGCCACUCUGCAAAGAAGUCUGAUUUUUACUUGAUGUAUUUACAGAACUGUUUUCUUUGUUAUUUAAUUGUUUUUAUGAUAUAAAAAUACUGUAAACACUGCCGAACUUUAGUCUGAAUAACCAUUUUGAUUAUAUAUUUAUUGCAGUGUAGAUUCAGUUCCUAAAACAGGAGUGUGAUUAGUGAGAAAAAAAAUAACAAAAAAUAUGCCUCCACCCAGGUGACCUAAGCUAGACAUGACUUGAAAACUCAAAAAAAUAUUUACUUGCUACAUACAGGUAUUCAUUUCAGGUUUAGUAAGUAAAUUUCACUGCAUUUUGUACAUUUGCACUGUACUCUUCAAAGUCUCAUUAAAUCCUAUCAAGACAGAAUAUUUCUUACCUUUUAUUCUGUGGUGGAAAUAGUCAAAACAAAUGCCUGUUACAGAGCAAAAAGAACUACAUUAUUAAGAUUUUAUUUAAUAUUAUGUCAUUUUCUUUUCUUUGAAAAUCAUAUUUUGACUGUAUAUUGCAUUUUAAAUGUCAUUAAUGCUGAUUUUUUUGUCUGCAAAUGUUUCCCUGUAUAUUUUUUUGUUUUGUAUAAAUAUGUUAAGCUUUUUUUAAACUCAGCUGAUAAUAAAAUUG